AUGGAGAUGAAUAUGGUAGAUGCUGGGAGUGGAGGAGCAUUGGUCAACAUGACUCCACAACAAGCAAGAGACUUAAUCUCCACGAUGGCUGCAAAUUCUCAGCAAUUUCGAGCCAAUCCUAAACCCCCUAGAAGUGUUCACCAGCUAAGUAAUUCGACUUUAAAAUAUAAGGUUGAUAGAAUUGCUAAUAUUUUGAAUUCUCUUGUUGCUAAAAAAGCAAAGACAGCCCGGUUAUGCAGAAUAUGUGCUACCCCUAAACAUACAACUAAUGCAUGUCCCAGUUUGAAUGAUGAUACUAUGGCUCAUUUAGAUGCUGUGGGGAAUUUUCCUAGGCCACCACAAAGGCGAUACAACCCUUACACUAAUACCUACAACCUAGGAUGGAGGGAUCACCCUAACUUAAGUUAUGGGGCCAAUCCACGAUUUAACCAGUCAAACCAAAAUCGAGAGACGAAGGAUUUCCAACAGAAAAUUGAAGCAUCCAUAAGGGAGUUGACCAUAUUAAUUGAAAGAUUGAACUCUCAAGGGAAGCUGCCAUCACAAACAGAACCAAACCCAAGGCAAAACGCAAAUGCAGUGACGCUGCGAAGUGGAAAGAUACUGGAACCAAUUCCUGGAAAAAAUCUUGGUCAAGAAAUCACCCAAGAAAAACCCAAAAAUAAUGAACAGGUCCGAGCAAAACCCCCACUGCCAAAAAUCCAACCUCCAUUCCCAAGAGAAUUAAACCAGUGUCAAAAAAGUAAGGAAGACAAAGAGAUCCUCAAAACAUUCAGGAAUGUUGAGAUCAAUCUACUAUUGUUGGAUGCCAUCAGACAGAUUCCGCGAUACGCCAAAUUCCUCAAAGAGCUUUGCACCAACAAAUGA